CACUCUGCAAUUUUGGCAUCUCGCUUUCCAAAAGAGGCUGAAAAUCCCAUUCCCCAAAACAACCCCAGAUCUCAAUCUUUCCUUGUAAGAAAUGCCUCUGAUUUUCUGGGAAUUUGGGAAUCGAUCCAUCCAUUACUGAUUCGUAAUAAAAGGGUUUAGUUGGAGCGGAGAUUGAUAAAUAUAAUGGCGACUCUGCAGAUUUUCAAGCUUUUGGCGACGCAGUGUGCCGUGGCAAGAAGCCCAACGCUGAGCCCAUCGGCGAGCCCAGUUAUCCACCUCCGCCGUCGGAAGACACUCGGCAUGCUGCUCGGUCGCGGCGGAGCGAGCGGUGGGGUGCGGAGGCUUCCGAUCGGAGAUGGCUCAUCGGCCGGUCAGAAUGUAGAAAGCAAAGGCUCCCCAGAUGAGGGGAAGGAGCAAACGGAGAGCCAUAAGCACAAGCUCAAGGAUUUCUUGCUGUCGUCGCCGUCGCCGCCGCCCUUGGAUGAGCGAUUGUCAGGAAAUGUCAGAGUGGGGCUCUCACAAGCGGGGUCUUGGUCCGGUGGCCAGAGAAUCGGGGACCGCUCGCCUCGGCCAUUAUCGGCGACGAUCCGUCAGAGGUUGCUUAGACGAGCGUGGCGGCCGGUGCUGGUGGCCAUACCGGAGUAACGCCGGACUUAUCUAUUAAU